AAUGUCAAAGAUUUAUUUCGAUAAUAUGAGGUUAUGAUUUUGUAAAUACAAAAACACAUUGAAAAUUUACCAUGAGUUGGAAUUCAGAAGAAGUUUUAUUUAAAGGAAAACUAAAUAAAAAACGUAAAAGAAAAUUUAUUUCUAAUCCUGACGUUCAAGAAAAAGAAAUAGAAGAAGCUUCAAAUCAAAAAAAAGACAAGCCGACAAAAGAUAUUGAACCUAAAAAACAAGUUAAAUUUGAUCAAAAUGUAAGCAUUGAAGAAAAGAAAAAAGAAAAACUUCGUGAAAAACGUUCAAAACAGGUCGAUGAAAUAAGUAAAGAUCUAAAAAGUAAUAAUAAAUCUAAACGACAAUUGAAACGGGAGAAAAACGAAGCACGUUUAGUUGCUUUAAAAACUGAAAAAGAUAAAGUGCUGUUAACAGAAGUAUUAAACUAUUUAUCAAAAUGGAAACAUAAUCGUGAAACAUGGAAAUUUGAAAAAAAGAAAAACUUUUACAUAUUUCACAACAUAUUAGAUGAGGAUAAAAUACCGGAUGAAAUAUGGAACACUGUUUUAGAGUAUGUAAAUAAUUCGAUGGGAAAAAUUAAAGAGAAAACUAUUCAAGAAGCUACAAAAAUUAUUGAAGAUAUGGAAAAAGAAGACGAUGAAAAUACAAGUGAAAAAGUGAGUGACAAAAAAUAUGAGCGUGCUAGGACGUUUAUACAGUACAUCAAUUAAAUUUCGUUACCAAAAUUUGUUUUUAACAAAAAAACUUGUAAAUAAAGCAAUAAAUUUCGAAAAUUACAAAUAAUUUUCCCCCUUUGAUUAUUAAUUUCUGUACAGAGCGUGUCCAACGGACAUUUAAACAUAGGCACAGUCAAAUAAGAUUGUUAAUAGUGGCAUUAAUUUUUAUUUUGGAGCGUAGAUUACAAAUUUACGCCCUUAAACAUGGUUUCAUCUAAGUUUGACUCGUAUACGAAUGUUAUUUUAGCAGCUUUUUGGCUUGCUCGAAGAAACAUGAUGUGUAGUGUAAAAAACAGUUAAUGGAAAGAAAAACCUAUUACCAUAUAAAAAACGUGGCCCAGUUUCAGCCUCUGGAACAGAUCCCCCCUCCCUCCCUCGGAUGAAACGUAGUUUUUUUAUUAUCAAGUUAAAAAAACCUUUUGUAUUUUCUGAAACACUGGUAUAACCGUAUGAUAAGAUGAUAAGAAUACGGUGUUUUGUCAAAGUUUAUAUGAACGUGUGUAGCCACCUUAAUUCCAGUCUCGAAAUACUUAUACCAGAGACUAUAUUUUACCGAUAUAUUCUCUGGCUUAUACUGUCCUAAUCUUAUAAACUUUAUCAUGGAGGUUAGAGAGAAGGAGAACGAUCGCUACACACUAAAGCAUUAGCGCGGCUGUCCCUGAGAAUUCGUCGGUAAAUAGUAUCUGCGAAGCUAGCUGUUUAUGAGUAUAAGUAGAUGAAGUUAAUUGCAUAAAGUACAAAUUUAACAGCAGCCCGCUUUUAUUGAGACAACUUAGCGAUCGCAGCGCCUCACUUAUUUUGUCCGUAUUUCUAGGACACUAUUUCCUACGGCGAUCGUUCUCCUUCUCUCUAACCUCUAUGAUAAAACUCUAACUUUAUGAUAAAAUCAUAAGACUUUGAAAAUUCACUACCAUAGAGAUAGUAGGUACUAUAGAGCUGUAUAGACAUGGGAAACGCAAUAAGUGAAUUCUUGACCUCAGUAAGAG